AUCAAAGUCCAUUAUAAAAUCAAGUCCAAUCAUUUUGAUUCGAAAAAUCAAAUCGACUCAAGAGUGCAUAUACGCUAAGUCUAAUCGAACCAUGCAAAAGAUUCGGCCUAAAUCCAACCCGGUUUCCGGUCCAAUUCCCUUACCCCUAUUUAUUUACAAACAUACAAGGACUUCUUACCUCUUACAAAUAGAGAGAAAAAGGAAAUGGAAAGAAAAGAACAGAGAACAGUGCGACUGAAGACUUGAAAGCCACAAUAAGAGAUUUGAGCGCCCCUAUAAAACCCACCAUUAUUGUCCACUUCUUCUCCUCAGCACCCCAAAAAACAAACAUUUUCCCCUGUUUCACUCUCCCCCUUCCGCCAUUGCCAGACUCCCCUGCUUCUGCUUGGAGCUCAGAAGCAGAGCAAUAGCAAAAAAAGAAAAAACAGAGUGAGAAAUAGUUCACAUUUCUCACCUCCACCAGAGAUGAAAUGUACACUCCUCGAUUAGCUUAAGAUCUCGCUCAACCAUUCCAAUCUCCCCCCUUUUUCUUCCAGAUCUAACCCCCUUUUUUUCCAGCCUUCCAAUUCGUUGGCUGUGUCUGAAAAAAGUGAAGGAGGAAGAGAAAAAAUGGAGUACACGACGAGGGCAAUUCCGGAAUCGUUCCGGGGAGCGAGGGACGACUUUACGCUUCAAUUCUCGAUGGUGUGGGACCAGAUCAGAGCUCCGUUGAUCGUCCCGCUGCUCCGGCUGGCCGUCGCCGUCUGUCUAAUAAUGUCGGUCAUGCUGUUCAUCGAGCGGGUGUACAUGGGCGUCGUCAUUAUUCUGAUCAAGCUGUUCGGCCGGAGGCCGGAGAAGCGGUACAAAUGGGAGCCGAUGAAGGACGACGUCGAGCUGGGCAACUCCGGCUACCCCAUGGUCUUGAUCCAAGUCCCAAUGUACAACGAACGUGAGGUGUAUCAGCUUUCGAUCGGGGCAGCUUGUGGGCUAUCCUGGCCAUCAGACCGGAUCAUAAUUCAAGUGCUUGACGAUUCGACCGAUCCCACGAUAAAGGACAUGGUGGAGUUAGAGUGCCAGAGAUGGGCAAGCAAAGGGAUCAACAUCAAGUACGAAAUUAGAGACAAUAGGAAUGGGUACAAGGCGGGAGCCCUGAAGGAAGGAAUGAAGCGAAGCUACGUUAAGAAUUGCGACUAUGUGGCAAUAUUCGAUGCCGAUUUCCAGCCCGAGCCCGAUUUCUUGUGGCGCACCAUCCCCUUCCUCGUGCACAACCCUGAGAUCGGUCUAGUUCAAGCCCGUUGGAAAUUCGUGAAUGCUGACGAAUGCCUGAUGACAAGAAUGCAAGAGAUGUCAUUGAACUACCAUUUCUCCGUGGAACAAGAAGUCGGGUCCUCCACCUACGCCUUCUUCGGGUUCAACGGCACGGCGGGUGUGUGGAGGAUCGGCGCACUGAAUGAAGCCGGCGGGUGGAAGGACAGAACCACCGUCGAGGACAUGGACCUCGCCGUCCGGGCCAGUCUUAAGGGCUGGAAGUUCUUGUACCUCGACGACCUCAGGGUGAAAAAUGAGCUGCCAAGUACGUUCAAGGCCUACCGUUAUCAGCAGCACCGGUGGUCUUGUGGUCCAGCCAACCUCUUCAGGAAGAUGAUCAAGGAAAUCGUCAUGAACAAGAAAGUGACACUGUGGAAGAAAGUCCAUGUGAUCUACAGCUUCUUCUUCGUCCGGAAGAUUGUAGCCCACAUCAUCACCUUCGUAUUCUACUGCGUCGUCUUGCCUGCCACCGUCGUGGUACCUGAAGUGGAGGUCCCCAAGUGGGGGCUCGUCUACAUUCCCUCGAUCAUAACCGUCCUCAACUCGGUCGGCACUCCUAGGUCACUCCACUUGGUGAUCUUCUGGAUCGUGUUUGAGAACGUCAUAUCCCUCCAUCGAACUAAGGCCACCUUCAUAGGCUUGCUGGAGGCUGGGAGGGUGAACGAAUGGAUCGUGACUGAGAAGCUAGGUGAUGCCCUUAAAACCAAAUCCACUAAGGCACCCAAGAAGCCUCGAUUCAGACUCGGCGAGAGGCUUCAUGUGUUGGAGAUUCUGACCGGGUUUUAUCUCCUGACUUGUGGUUUAUACGAUCUGGCCUACGGCCAGUAUCGCUACUACUUGUACCUCUUCGUUCAAGCCAUAGCGUUCUUCAUUGUUGGAUCGGGUUAUGUCGGCACAUUCGUCUCUCAUUCUUGAUGAACACGACGUGACACUUAGCGAUGAAAAUGCUCGCCGCUGAAUUUCUCAACUUGGUUGGUUGUGGUGGGGAGGAAAAUAUUACUCCUUUGUUGUUCUUACACUUCCUCUUCUUAUUUAUUUUGUGUAAAGGGUGGCGAAAGAAAGAACGACCAUCAUAUUCAAUUCUUUUGGGGUUGGGGGCAUAAAAGGUGUUGGAGGAUGGAACGAAGAAGAGAAGGGUUAUUGGGGUAAAUUUCCUAUCUAGGAUCUCUUGUGAAUAUAUGUGCUAGUAAGAAAUUAAAAGAGGUAUUUGGAAAGAAUUGUUACAUUUUACAUACGAGAGGUGGGCAAUAGAAAGAGGAGGUAAAUGGAAGGACAAAGUUGUUUGUGUUCUAAGUAGUGUAGAAAAAGUGUACUUGCAGCAAUUUGUUUUGGGUCCGUUAUACUUUUUUUCUAUAGCUACCAAUGUUGGGGUUUGAAAUUUAGGUUCGAAGGAAUAAAUAAAUAAAAAUUAUUCCUUUUAUGUGGUUUUCAUGAGAUAUUUGUUGAGUUGAUUCGUUGAAUUA